AGUAAACAAGGAUCUUGACAGAACUUAUUUUUGUUUUCACUACUUAAUCGCAAAUUGAGUGAUGUCGUUUCUGCAAAGGCAAGGUUAGACCAUGUCAGACGUGAUGGAGAAGACAUUUUCCUCGGUGUCCGGGUUCAUUAUGAACAGCAUCGGCUCCAGGAACAUGGAUGUUUCGCCUGGAUUUCACAACCUCAUUCGGAGCAUCAGAAAAGCCCGUUCAAAAACUGAGGAAGAGAAAGCCAUUCAGAGGGAGUUGGAACUUCUGAAAUUAAAACUUCAACAACCAGAUACAAGUGUGAUCAAAGUGAAGGAGUUUUUGGUUCGGAUCAUUUACUGUGAGGUUCUGGGCUACAGUGCUUCGUUCAGUUAUAUUCACGCCAUUAAACUUGCCCAGCAAGGCUCACUGGCUACCAAGCGUGUCGGUUACUUGGCAAUCUCCCUGUUUCUCCACGAGGAUCAUGAGUUAAUACUCCUCCUCGUCAACACAAUCCAGCGAGAUCUAUCCAGCACCAACAUGUUGCACAACUGCAUGGCGCUGAGCGCCGUCUGCAAGCUGAUUGGCUCAGAGAUGGUCCCUGCUGUCCUCCCAUUGGUGGAAGAGAAACUCAAACAUCCGAAAGCUCUUGUGAGGAAGAAGGCAGUCUUGGCCCUGCGCUCGUUGUACCUGAAAGCUCCACACAUGGUGACCAACCCAGAGGACCUGUUUAAGCAGGCAGUAUGUGAUCGCGAUGUGGCAGUAAUGAGCGCUGCUCUUCACAUUCAUAAUGAUCUUAUUAAGGAAGAACCCGCCGCUAACAAGCAGUUAGUGCGCCCCCUUGUGACCAUACUCAGACAGGUGUUCCAGAGGAAGCUUUCGUCUGAGUAUGAGUACCAUGGCGUCUCGGCUCCCUGGAUGCAAAUCAAACUACUCAGGAUGCUAGCAAGACUCGGUGCUGAAGAUAUACACUACAGCAGUUUGAUGUACGAUAUUCUGGAAGACAUUCUCCAGCAGUCUGCCUCACUAAGCCAUAACAUUGCUUUCGCGGUGCAAUACGAGUGUCUCAUUACAGUAGCUACUAUUCAUCCAAAUGAACCACUUCUUAUAAAAGCCGCUCAGUGCAUCGGCAAGUUCCUCAAAUCCUUCAAUUAUAAUCUGAAAUACAUGGGUAUCUGCGCUUUAAGUGCAAUUUUAAAGGUCUUGCCGAGCUGUGCGGAAGAGCAUCAACUGACUGUCAUCGACUGCUUGGAGGAUGCUGAUGAUACUAUACGAUUAAAGACUUUAGAUCUUUUGUUCCAAAUGACAACCAUGUCCAACGUUGAAGUGAUUUGUGAGAAGCUGUUGACGGUACUGAUGGAUACCAGGGAGAUGUUUACCAGGCAGGAUCUAUUGUCAAAAAUCAUCCAGCUCACUGAAAGAUUUCAGCCGUCAGUAAUGUGGUAUCUGAACACCAUGACCCGAUUAGUUACUAUUACUGACGAAGCGCCUGAUAACGUCGUCAACCACAUCAUUAGUGCAAUAUCAAAAGAAUCCAGAUGUAGCUCUCACAUUGGAAGCCACGCCCUUCAGUUAUACCUGCCACUCCUCACCAAGAAUAACACCUCACAUAAACUCUUGAAAAUUGGCUGUUGGAUACUCGGUGAGUUUUCUGACCUAGACACUGCGCCACCAGCCUCGGAAAUCCUUGCAACUCUUUGUUCACACCUUGAGAGGAGACUAGAUGAAGACUUAGAGAUAUGGGUGAUGGGGGCGUUGACCAAGGUGGUAGGGAGGGGUGGCGGUGUCACGGCUGAUGUACAGAGGGUGAUCGAGACGUGUCUGGUAGGACCAUCAAUGCAGCUUAGACAGAGAGCAUUUGAGUUACAGAAAUUGUGCAAUAGCGUAGACUUGAUGACUGAAGCUCACCCAUGGACAUCAUCUGAUGAACUGCAGUUUGAUUGGAGUCUAUCAUUCUUGGAUCAGUACGUCUCGGACGCCUUAUCCCAAGGAGUGGCACCUUACAAACCUAAACAGCAACGCCAUGCUGAGAAACAGGAUACCACACAAGUUUUACAACCUCAGUUCGCUGGACUCAAUUUCGUGCCGUACCGAAGCCCGACAUCGUCCAUGGUGAGCGGUCACACUGUCUCAACCUCUACCCCAGAGGGUAGAACUACAAUCAAGUCAACCUCCUCCCCAGAACCUUCACUGAGCUCUGGUGCGUCAGGGAACAGUGCUGAGCCCAGACCGUCAGAGAGUUCAUCAGGUCUGAAGCUACAGGGUGUAAAGAGAGUCUGGGGACAGAAAGGGUACACUAAGACGUCAUCGGAUGCAAAGACACAGCCACAUUCUCAAGGAGGUCACAGGCCACUCCCCUCAUCCAGCCAAGCCACACCCAGCAGCCCAAGCAGAGGCGUCGCUCCAACUGUCCAGUUAAGUUCAGCUACAGCUGUAGGAGUAACAACCUCAUCAGCAGCAGACGUUGGGUCACCGGAAGAAAAUCGGAAGAAGGAACUUGCCAAGGCUUUGUUUGGAGGACUACAGAAGACAAUGACAACAAGCAGUAGUAAGCAACCUCUGGACAGAAAACCGCAACUUUCAGGAGCCACACAUCAAGCAUCAGCGUCACAUUCCUCAAAUGCAGAUCAAUUUCAUAUGGAUAAAAGUUUGCCUGAUUUACUCACAUUAUCAGAACAGGACUCCACAUUUCGCCAUCCAGAUCCUUUGAAUGUCCAGUUGGCAUCACACGGAGUGCAGAACAUGGAAAUUAAUAAUAUAAAUCCAUCCCAUGGAGGGACAAAUAAACUUAUAGAAGGUUUUUCUGACGAGCAAGAAAAUGUCUUUGUAAACCGAACAGAAUUGAAUCAACCCACAAAAAAACAAACCGCAUGUCAACAAAAUCAACUCAUUAAAGACAAUGUCAUCCACCAUGACAUAAACAAUGGAAAUAUUUCCGUUAAUGGGACUGAAGAUUUAGAACAGAGGAAAACUGAUAAUGUUCAGGGGCUGACACAGGGUCUUGGGGCUAAACAACAAAGCAUGUAUGAAGAGUUUAAAGAUUUCAAUGAUGACUCUGCCAACAGUUUAACAAGAAAUAAUGACAAUAUUUCUGUGACGGAAACUAAGGAGGGACAUGGAGAAAGGAUGAACCAAUCUUCAGAAAUUUCCGAGGAGGAAUGUCUCGCUAGUAACGCCAAUCCUAAUCUUACCACUCACGGAGACCUCUCUUCGUUAUCAAAUAAUAAAUCUGGUUUGAACCUCAUGGAGUCAAAGGAUCAGUUGAAUCCCGGAGACAACCCCACCUUGAAAACGCCAACAACUACGGAAAUCUCAAUCUUGGGCUCAAGCGUAGGGGACUCUCCCUUCACGAGACUUGCAGAUGACUUACCGAUCAGCGUCCCGCUGGAUUGGUCGGACUACCCAAGAGCUAGUGAGAGAAUUCAUCUAUGCCAGGAUACCUCACUGGGUGUGACUCUACUUAAAGUCUGGAAACCAGAUGCUUUGGGUUUGGUGUUUAACGUUACAAAUCCAAAUCCCAAAGAGACGGUGACUGGAGUUAACAUUAAACUUGAUAUUUCAUCUAAUUUGAAGGUAUGUACAAAUUCUACGGCCAAUUCUCUGUCCAAAGAAACCAUCGAGCCAAAUACAACAGGGAUUCUAACUGCAGAGCUGAACUGUGUCUCUUCGGCCCAGACCAUGAGGCUAGGCGGAGAAAUAUCUUAUAAAGAUUACACCAAGACAAAUCGUAGACUCUUCUUUAGUUCUCCCAUCCUCGUCAGUGACCUCUUAAGACCGCUGAAACUCCAAACGUCUGACUUUGGUGAGCAGUGGCAACGACAAACCCAUGAUUGCAAGUUAGAUGCCGAUGUCAGCCCAGCUGUCACAAUGUCAAAGGUCAUGACCUUGAUGACCCAUGAACUGAACCUCCACCUUGUUGAAAUAAUUGGUAAUGAAGGUAUAGCUUGUGGGAGUCUAGUCAACGGGUCCAUCAGUCUUCUUCAUCUCAAACUUCCAAGUAGUACGUCUCUUCAUGUUUGGAUACGAUCUUCAAGCCAACUCCUCUCUGAUUCCAUCGCUAAGCAGUUUAAGGACAUCUUGAAGAUGCUGGAAAGCAAUGUUGAUGUUUAAACUCCCUGUAUUUGAUGUCAUCAAUGCAAACAGCGCCCUCAUUUGCUGAGAGAUGUGCGUGGUGCGUACACAUGUGUCAGUUUCCACUGUGUGACGGAUGUAUGCAAUGUUUUUAUUGUAGGUGCUUUUUUUUAAGAAUCCAGGCAUACCCCUAAUCAGCUGGGUCCAAUUUCACAGAGCUGCUGAAGCAGAAAAUGAUGCUUAACAUUUUCUCCUUAGCAAAAAUAAGCAGGAUACCUGUCACAAAUUUUACAUGCAGUAUGGUAAUCUGGCUGGUAACCUUUAUAUUCUGAUAAGCAUAAUUUUGUUGUGCUUAUAGCUUCUUUUUGUGCUUAAGCAGCUCUAUGAAAUUGGGCUCUAAACAGCUGAUCCGCAUUUUUGGUUUCUCAGCUAUAUCAUCAGAAAAAUACAAAGUUUUGUUGCGUCUUGCACUGUACCCUUUGACCUUAUUAUAUCCCUUGUGAUUUCUUCCAAUUUUGACCAAUUUGUAUUUUUUACUAUGGUUUAAAAUGCAAAGGAAGCAUUGCUGAAGUGAAUUCAUAAAUUUUGGCCCUAAAUUUGAUAAAAAUGCUGGACUAACCCUUUGUGAUUUUUUUAAGUUUGGGCCAAAAAUUUGAUUAAAAAGAUAGACUUAUGAUUUUUUACAAUUUUGGCAAAAAAAAAUGAUUAAAAAUAUUGACUUAACCCCUUGUGACUCUUUUUAAAUUUUGGCCCUAAAUUUGAUAAAAAUGCUGGAAAUACCCUUGUGAUUUUUUCAAUUUUGGCCUUAAAUUUGAUAAAAAUGCUGGACUUAAUUUUGGCCCUUAAUUUGAUAAACAUGUGGACUUAACCCUUGUGAUUUUUUCAAUUUUGGCCAAAA